CUAUCGGCAAAGCCUGGUGGGGAGCCAUUGCCUGAGGGUCUCCUUUGGCUCCUUUUAACAGGAAAGGUACCAAAUAAAGAGCAAGUAGAUGCAUUAUCCAAGGAAUUACGAAGCCGUGCCACAGUUCCAGAUCAUGUGUACAAAGCUAUUGAUGCCCUUCCUGUUUCAGCUCAUCCAAUGACCCAGUUUGCAAUGGGUGUCAUGGCUCUUCAGGUACAGAGUGAAUUCCAGAAAGCAUAUGAGAAGGGGAUCCAUAAAUCGAAGUACUGGGAGCCAACAUAUGAGGACUCUCUUAGUUUGAUUGCUCAACUACCAAUAGUAGCUGCUUAUGUCUAUCGCAGGAUUUACAAGAAUGGGCAAGUUAUACCCAAGGAUGAUUCCCUAGAUUAUGGUGGAAAUUUUGCCCACAUGCUUGGAUUUGAUAGUCCUGACAUGCAGGAGCUUAUGAGGCUUUAUGUCACCAUUCACACUGACCAUGAAGGUGGGAAUGUUAGUGCUCACACUGGUCAUCUAGUAGCUAGUGCCCUUUCAGAUCCGUACCUUUCAUUUGCAGCUGCAUUAAAUGGUUUGGCUGGACCACUCCAUGGCUUGGCUAAUCAGGAAGUUCUGCUAUGGAUCAAAUCUGUGGUAGAGGAGUGUGGUGAGAACAUAACCACGGACCAGUUGAAAGACUAUGUUUGGAAAACACUGAACAGUGGAAAGGUUGUUCCUGGAUUUGGACAUGGGGUUUUGCGUAAUACAGAUCCAAGAUACUUGUGUCAGAGGGAGUUUGCAUUGAAGCAUGCUCACCAUAUGAACAUUACCUUUGCAGAAGCAAGAAGGGUAGUUUCCCAGUAUCAGAGGGAGGCAGAAAAAUGCAAUGUUGUCACAAAGACUUGUGCCCAACUGUAA